AUGAAUCCUCAACUUACCAACAUUAUCAUCAUGUUAGUCAUGAUGCAAAUUUCUCGUCGUUUAGAUAUGGAAGAUCCUACGAUCAUCUUCUACGUGAGAACAUUCUAUUGUAGUUCUAUCUUAAUAAGUUGGAUCAUUUAUCAAUUGGCCAAAAGAUCCAUCCUUGCUAAGAAUGAUUUAACUACUAUUAAGUUUGUUCAACCUAAAAAUGUAAUGAUGGCAGAAGAAGAAAAAUUACAAGUUACCACUAUCAGAGAUUACGAUUUGAAAGAUGUUAAUGGUAGUAUUAAAUCCAUUUAUACUGGGGUAGCUAUGAUGGGGUUCAUGCAUUUCUAUAUGGGGUAUACUAAUCCAUUAUUUAUGCAAAUUAUUUCUCCUGUGAAAGGUGCCUUGGAAAGUAAUGAAGUUAAGAUUCAUUUGUUUGGUAAACCUGCUACUGGUGAUUUGAAAAGACCAUUUAAGAGUGGGUCUUUGUUUGGUGUUCCAACUGGUAAUAAUCCAAAGACUGAUAAAAAAUCUGUAGAUGAAGCAGAAAGAGCUGGCCAUGGUGGUAUCAAGUACGAAUAG